CAAAGAUCCUGGGGAAGGUGGGAGAAAGCCUGAGCCGAAUUUGCUGCGUUCGCCCGCCCAUGGAGCGCUUCACUUUUGUGGAUGAAAACGCCAACUUGGGGACGGUGAUGAGAUACGAGGAGAUCGAGCUUCGCAUCUUACUGCUCUGCGGCAGUGACCUGCUGGAGUCCUUCUGCAUCCCUGGUCUCUGGAACGAGGCGGACAUGGAGGUGAUCGUCGGGGAGUUUGGGAUCGUGGUGGUGCCCCGGGAUGGAGCAGACCCCGACCGGAUCAUGAACCACUCCUCCAUACUCCGCAAGUACAAAAACAACAUCCUGGUGGUGAAGGACGACUCAAACCAUCCCAUGUCGGUUGUCAGCUCCACCAAAAGCAGACUGGCCCUGCAGCACGGGGAUGGACACGUCGUGGAUUACCUCUGCCAGCCCGUCAUCGACUACAUCCUCAAGAGCCAGCUCUACAUCAACGCCUCCGGCUAAGCGCCAGAGGUCUUGCAGCGAGACAGCCCUCGCGUCCCA